GACUCCAUCAUCGUCUAACCUCGUCCAACUUGGGUUGGACACGCCACGGCCACGCGGGCCGCGGCCCACACCAUUGCGUUUGCUUCCCACGCCACCAUAGGCUCGCCUCGCUUUCGAACACUCUGAUCAGGUUGGUUAUCCUAGAUUCCUCACCUCCCUCGCUCGAAGCUCUUGUCCGCUGCAGUUGAAGAAAUGGUGAAGAUAGACGAGGUUGCUUUGCGGCUGCCUCCACCUCUUGGACGGGGACGAUGAAGACACGAAAUUUGUGUCGCUCAGGCCCUAUAGCAUGCCCGACAACGACGACUAUGAGUACAUUCGCAAGACGUACCCCGGGUACUUGAGUGCAUGUGUUGCCUUCCUGAGCUAUCCACACUCAGCUCAGGAAGAAGAGGAACUCGAAGCCUCUCUGAGGACAUGCACUUGCUCUCGCAACAAGGACCCCUCACAGGGGCUGCUACGCCGGCUACAUACAUUCGAAGUUGCGCAUCAGUUCGCCCUUGACGACUUCGUCCAAUCUCUCAUUCGUCACCUAGCCGGCAUCAUUGAGAAUGCAGUCAGAACGAAGACUCUUGGAGGCACCACCGCAUUGAGCGGCCUCACUGGCAAGCGGCACCGGAAGAAGCACACGGGAAACGCUUUGUGGCCUGUGGACACGUCCCAGCUCAUCCCGCAUGGCCUCGAGCAGUCGAUCAAAGGCUACGCCGAAGCCUUCCGCCGGUGCCCCCUUGACAAAUUUCACGACGGUCUUCUGCUCGUCACCCAACUUCUUGGCAUCUGCGGCCGAUUGAUCAUUCCUCCUCUCCUCCAGGCUCUUCCCGAGUUUCCUCUCAGGAUUUCUGGCCUUGCGAAUGCUCUCUGCCGCGAGCGCGUGGCAACGCGGGGAGCGCUGAUCGACUUCGAUGUGGAACUCAGUUGGGCAUGCACUCUAGUAAUCAUCAUGGACUUCUGCAGGACACUCAUGGCCCUCGGACAAUGGAAUCCCACCGACAUUGCGUUGUUUGUCCGCGUGUCCGCGCCGUACAAAGGCACGAAGAUGAGCAUCGGCAUCCUCUGGGCGUGCCACAACAUCCUCAAUCACCUGCCGCUCUUCCAGGAGGGAACCACCUAUUUUACCGACUACUAUUUCAACGAGCUCGUUAUGACGUUUGCCCGUUAUGGCGCGGCGUUCUACCCUCACAGAUUACCGGAGGACACUACAGCCUACCACGAUGCGAUCCUCGUCGUGCAUAAAGACGUGACCGAAAAAUUCGAGGACCCAUUGACGGCCGUCUGGGAAGGCCUUGUCUGGAUGUCCAUGAUACGCCGCUGCUGCGCGCCCGAGUGUCCCGAGACCUUUGUCACCGCGCAGCGAACAUUCGCUCGGUGUGCGGGCUGUGGCAUCCCGCGCUAUUGCUCGCGCGAGUGCCAAAAGCUCGCCUGGAAGCACGGGACGUUCCCGCACAAGGAUGUCUGCGCGAAGCUUCGCACGCUCAGAGACAGGACGAGUCUCCCAAAAGACCAAGCACUGACGAAGAACUUACGCAUGCCUUUCAUCAAUACGUGCAAAGCUGAUGUCGAGCUUACUGCGUUGGCGCAGGAGUGCUGGGGACACUUGCAGGACAUGAUGAAGGCGCGCGUGCAGUCCGUACCGGAAGCGUUCAAGGCCUUUGAAACAAAACUGGCGAGUAGAGCGGAGCCGGCCCAGAAAUGACACUUCUCCUGUAUCUGAUUGUCAAUGACUGUGGCUUUUUCUAUGUUGCAUGUAGCUGCAUCAGGAUUUCUUGUAUGCGACAGUGUCGAUGUAUUACUAAGUAUGCUGCGAUAUCACUUGACGGCCUGCUGAGCCACCA